AUAUUGGCUGAUCUUAAACGUCAAUUUAAACGCAAGAAAGUUGAAGAAUCAGAUAUAGAUUCAGAAAUAUUAGAAGAAGUUGCAGAAGAAGAAGCUGCUCUCGUAAAACUCGCUAAAAAUCAGAUAUAUAGAAGGAAACAAGCAGUUAAAGAAGCACAAGAGGCUGAAAAGAGAGCAGCAAAAACUUGGAGUCCUGCUCUAGUUAGUUACCCGAUUUACAAGCCACCUGAAACUUGGUGGUAUAAAACUUAUAAUAAAAUUCUUAACGAAACAGAACAAACUAAACUUAGGCCGAAAUUGACUAAAAGGAAAUAUACAUUAGAAGAAAGACUAAAAUAUUAUAAAAGAAAUGGCCGUGAACCACCGUUGUAUGUGGCAAAAAAAAGUAUUGCCACCUCCACCGCCCGGGACGACAGGUCACCUUCGACCUUGUGUCAAAGUUGUCGAUUCCUAACAUUUAUGAUAAUUCUACCAAUAAUCUUUUUAUUUCCAAAUUUAACAUGUAAUUUAGUUCGAUUAUUGUGCAAAUCUUUUCUCUAUAUGGAAAAAUCAUGAUAAAUUUACGCCGGUCAAAUGUUUUGUACAUCCAAUUUACAAGGACAAGGAGAAAAAUAAAGACAAAUUUUAAUUUUUUU